AUCCUCUUCUUGUUAACGGCUAGUAACCGUCUUAGUUAACUAACAAAACAUGGUUAAUAACCGUGACAGACAACUUCCUCUACUUGCCGGAAGUUACGUUGUUACGGUUUCAGCCGUGUCGGCAAGGUUGCUGAAACUCAUCCAAACAGAACAGAUUAUCAGCGAUUUACGUAUACUUUAGAGACUGCAUCAGUUAUUGCUGAAACUCAUUCAAACAGAACAGAUUCUCAGCGAUUUACGUAUACUUUAGAGGCUGCAUCAAUUAUGGCAGAGAAACGAAAAAGAACAAUUAUUUCGGAGAGUAUUAAAGAAAUUUUAGAAAGGGAAUAUCAAAACGAAUUGAAGUCUUCUGCUGGACCAACAAAUAAAGCAAAAAUCGCCCGUUUGAGCGCAGAAACUGGCCUUUCAGAUAAGCAAAUCACGGUAAGUUUUCCUUUUAUAUUUUUAUUAUAGAAUUCUUUUAUAGCCACAAGUCUAUAGUUAAUGAUAUUCAUCUUAUAUAUAGGUGUGUAUUCUUCAUAUUUUUACAUUGGUGGUUUUUUAGUAUUGGAUCGGGAACUACCGGAGUAAAACAUCUAAAGCGGCGAGUGAGCAAGCCAGCGUAGCUGAAGGAGCCGAUGCUUCAAGCUCUGUCACGGAAGAUCCAGUGUCGAAAGUGCCUUUCUUUCGAAAAGCAAACUCUUUUCUACAGUUAUCACGCUAAGCAAGAUCCCUAUGCCUCCAUGGAGAUGAAGGAGAGAAAUGUAGCCAUUAAAACACUCUACAUUAAUCAAACUGAAGAAGAAAAAAAGAGGUGGCAAAUGGAAGCUAGAGAGGUCCAACAMAAUCCAUAUAGCCCUGAAGUUGUAAAAAAGAUGAAAACACAGCUUCAGUCCCAGUUUCAGUUUCUGGAAAAGGCUGGAGUGAGAGCAGUUUGUCUUUUAAACGMCCAAAAUGACACAAUAUGGAGCCUUGGGAGUUCAGAUGCUGAUCACUUUCUAGAUAGCCAUCCUGAAGUAGAACAUGCCUAUAGAACAUUUUUAUCUAUCCCACAAAAGUACUCAAAUAACCAUGUGAAAGAACUCUUCAACACGAAAUUUGCCGAGAGUCUUAAUAAGCCUGGAGCGGUGGUUUCUUACACAAAGUACAACCAGGGAAAGUUUACAGUGGAGGGCAUGCCAGCAGGAGUACCAUUCCAAAAGCCCAAUGUGUAUGGUGCUACCCAAAUUAGCAAAAUAAUGGAAAGUAAAGAGGCCAUCAGGUUCAUAAUAAAGGAUAAGGAUUCACUGUUGACAAGGAACAGAAAGCCAUGUGAAAAAAAAGAUUUUAUUCAUUCUCAACAAAGCCAAGUGCUAUUGAAAGUAGUUGACGAGGAGGUGGUUCGUAGUCUAUUAAAUAAAGAAAGAAAAGGUUGCGAAAGUGACUUAGAUGUCACUAUUGCACUCUCCCUUGCUGAGAAGAAAAUCUUAGCUUCUUGYUUAGAAUAUUUUGACACUGAUGGUCAAAUACUAAUUAAGGAAAUAUGUAAAGUAAAUAAUCAGUCUGUCAGUGAGGAAGAUAUAGUCGUAAUACCAUGUUAUGCAGACACAACAACAGAAGAAAUAUUCUGG